GCGACCUAUUUUUUGCAUAGACCGAACAUGCGCUGAAGUUUCAUCGCUCUCCGAGAUCUGUCCCUCGUGGUGUCAAUCGACGAGGUAUCUCGGUGCACCGUGGACAUUCCCCGGGAGAACGGUUCGGAUGCAGGGAUUGUUUCGAGCUCGUCCCGUUUUUCGAGGGAAAUUUCGCCCGAUCGAAGAUCCCCUGCCAAACCGUGUUCCCCGGGGUCUCGAGCCCUAGUCUCGAGGAUCGUCGCACACGUAUCGCUGCUCUGCUCCCGGGAUUUUCCUCUGUAUGACGGGCUUCUGUGUGUUCCACAGUUCCCUCGAUGGCUUCGCAGUUCUACAUGCGUCAGUUCACCGGGAGUAGAAUAGCGCGUCUGUUUUCUUCGAGCUCCACUCUCCCGCAGAACAGCAACGUGAAGGUCUGCGUAGUAGGAGCGGGCGCGGCCGGUUUCUAUACGGCGCAACAGAUCCUCAAGGCUCCGAACACGCAAGUUGAUAUCUAUGAAUCGUUGCCUGUUCCUUUCGGUCUUGUGCGUUAUGGAGUAGCUCCUGAUCAUCCCGAGGUGAAAAACUGUAUCAACACGUUCACGGCCGUUGCCAAAAAUCCGCGAUGUCGGUACUACGGGAAUGUCAAACUAGGCAGCGACGUCACUUUCAAGCAAUUCAGGGAUGCCUAUCAUGCUAUAGUAUUGACCUACGGUGCUGAUAACGAGCGAACUCUUGGAGUUCCCGGUGAGAAUCUCAAAUACGUGCUCUCAGCGAGACAAUUCGUUAAUUGGUACAACGGACAUCCAUCGAGAAUUAUAACGGAGGACAUCAAUUUCGACGCUGAUCACUGCGCCAUUGUUGGGCACGGGAACGUCGCUUUGGACGUCGCGCGUAUCCUUCUGGCACCGAUCGAUAAGUUGAAGACUACCGACAUCACGGAGGAGGCUCUCGACGCCCUGAGUCGAAGUCGAAUAAAACGAGUCAGUCUGAUCGGUCGAAGAGGUCCCCUGCAAGUGGCUUUCACAAUAAAAGAAUUCAGAGAACUCGUGAAACUUGAGGGCGUCGGCUCUCUCCUCGACGCGAAUGACUUUGUCGGAAUAGAUACUUCAAAGAUGCAACGUCCGCGGAAGCGGCUCACCGAGCUUAUGCUGCAAACGCUCGAAAGGAACGUUUCUGCCGCGAGUCCCGCAGCAUCCAAGGUCUGGGAUCUCAAGUUCCUCAGAUCUCCCUUAGAGUUCCUUGGAGAUCAAUCGAAUAAAGAGAGGGUGGUCUCGAUCAGGCUCGCCGUAAAUAGGCUGGAAGACGAGCGAGCUGUCCCGACUGGCAUCGAAGAAACCCUCCCGACGGGCUUGGCAAUAAAAAGUGUCGGGUACUCGAGCUCAUGUCCGGACAACGAUAUUCCUUUCGAUGCCAGACGAGGAAUCAUUGAAAACGAUGCCGGACGUGUCCGCGGAUUGCCUGGAGUAUACUGCAGCGGUUGGGUGAAAACAGGCCCGAUCGGCGUGAUCGUCUCCACGAUGAACGGUAGCUUCGAAACGGGUGCGAAUCUGCUCGAUGAUUUGACGAAUGGGGUCAUCGACUCGGUCUCUCCAAGAGGAGGCAGCGAAUUAAUCGUUCAUCAGAUACUUAAAUCAAAGGGUGUCCGACACGUGUCUUUCGAGCAAUGGGAGAAAAUUGCCGCUUUCGAAACUGAAAUGGGCUCGAAGAAACACAAAUCCGCGGAUAAGGUGCUGUCGGUCGACCAAAUGCUCAAAAUAGCUUUCUCCUGA